GCCCCGAACGCAGAGCCGCCCCCGCGCCCGAGACCACCCCCGACGCGCGGCGAUCGCGUCCACGAAGCCGUCUUUGUGUUCGUGCUCUGCCUCGCCCAGUUCCUGUCCCUCGCCGCCAUGAACCAGACGGUCGCCCCGCUUCUGAUCCUCUCCGAGUACUUUGACAUCCACGACUACGGCAACCUGAGCUGGUUCUCAGCUGCCUACAGCAUGACUGUCGGAACCUUCAUCCUUCUAGCUGGCAGGCUGGGCGACAUACACGGACACAAACGCAUCUUCAUGCUCGGGUGGGCGUGGUUCAGCCUCUGGUCGCUGAUCGCCGGGUUCUGCGGCCGGUCGCAGCUCGUAUUGUUCAGUACGUUUCGGGCCUUCCAGGGCAUCGGCCCGGCGCUAGUCAUCCCCAACGCCAUCGCCCUGAUCGGCCGCACCUUUCCCAUCGGGCUCAAGCGUAACCUGGCCUUUGCAUGCUUCGGCGCGGCCGGCCCGACGGGCGCCGCCGUGGGUGCCGUGCUGGCGGCGCUCGUCGCCGAGACCAUAUCCUGGCAUUGGUGCUUCUGGCUGCUGGCCAUCACCUGCGCGUGUCUGGUUGUCGUGUCCAAGUUUGUUAUCCCCGACCAAGAAGAGAACGUCGACGGAAACCCCGACGGAAACCCCGACGGAAACCCCGACGGCGAGCAGCCCGAAUUCGACUGGCCUGGGGCAGUCACGGGCGUCGCGGGUUUGGUCUUGGUCAACUUUGCGCUCAACCAGGCGCCCAUUGUCGGAUGGAGCAACCCCUACAUCCCGAGCCUGUUGGUGGCGGGGCUGCUGUUUCUGGGAACGUUCAUGUGGGUUGAGCUCCGUGUCGCAACCCAGCCAAUUAUCCCCAUCCGCGGACUUCAGCGCAACGCCGCCUUCACUUUGGCCUGCGUAUUUGCCGGGUGGAGCAGCCACGGCAUCUGGGUCUACUAUUUGUACCUCUUCCUCGAGCAUCUGCGCGGCCAUAGCGCGCUACUUACUUCGGCCGAGACAUUCCCCGUGGCCAUCACGGGCCUCUUCUUCGCCUUUCUCACCGUCUGGCUGCUGCGUCGCGUGGCCGUCUCGUGGGUCAUGUUCUUUGCCAUGUUCUUCUUCCUGCUGGGGAGCUUGCUGAUUGCCAUCAUGCCCCUGGAGCAGUCGUACUGGGCCAACACCUUUGUUGCAGUCCUGCUCAUGCCAGGUGCCAUGAACCUGUCGUUCCCGGCAGCCACGAUCCUGCUGUCGACGGCGUUACCGAAGGAGAAACAGGGCAUUGCGGCAAGCCUCGUCGCGACAGUCGUCAACUACAGCAUCAGCUGCGGUCUCGGCCUGGCCGGAUCAAUCCACAAGAAUUCUCUCGUCCAUGCUGCAAACGUGGAAGGGUUGGAUGGACCGCCAUCGCCGCUGUCCGUUUCAAAUCCGCAUCUCAUCGCGGUCCGCCUAGCCGGGCUUCGCGCUGCUUACUGGUUUGCCGUCGGGCUGGGCGGGCUAGGCAUGUUGAUCGCCGGG